AUGGCCGACGAUAUGCCGCUCCCAUGCUCUGUCACAGCCCUCCAUUUCAGGCACGGGUACACACCUGGCUCACCUCUUCCACCAGGCCUCUUGUCCCUCUCACUCGGUCCAGAGAGUGAUUUCCCUCUGCGAAACGGCAGCAUUAACUCGACAACAAUCACAAAACUGUCUAUUCAUGGCAUCGAUAUGGAUGCAGAGACAGUCAUUCCCAGGAGUGUCACCCGCCUGACUCUCUACAUGGUUCCCAACUCAGAAAAUCUCGCAAUCCCAGAACAUGUUGAACACCUCGAGUUGGUACAAUGGAGCGACUAUACACUGCGUCCUGGCCAACUACCCAACAGUCUCAAGACUCUUUCUAUCUGUGGUCCGCACGCGUCCACUGUUAAAAGCAUCCCAGCCAUCCCUGAGUCCACAUACGUUACCUUCCGGCUAGAUAUAAUGGCAUUCAAGACACCAAAUUCACCGGUGCUGAACCACCUUUUGAAGCAUAGAAAGAACGUCUCAUUCUUUGAUGACAUCGAAAGACCAGUCAUGUUCUCUAUAAGUUUCAUUGACAACGACACUGACAAAGUGUUGUUGCUAUUUGAAAACGUCCAUUUCCCCUCUGGCGGUUUCAUCUCGCUGCGACAAGUCUUCAAGAGAGGCGUAUUCAAUAACCUCCCAACUUGA